AUGAAUCUCAUCGAUAACCUCAGGAACAGUACAAACGAAGCCAAUAGAGAAGGCGCUGACAUUCCAAAGAUUGCGACCAAAGAUCAGAGUAGAGAUGUGAUUAUCCAAAGUGUGGUCAAUAACAUCAUCACUCAGAUGAACAGACAAAGAGUUGGUAAGGCUUUACAGCACUUCCAGAUGUAUGUCUGGCUCUAUGGAUACCAAAAGGGAGACCUAAAGGGACAUGUCUUCCCAGACGUCUCAAAAGCUUUCCAUAAAUGGCAUAACUUUCUGAAUAUAAAAAUCUAUUUGUAUUCUUCGGGAGUAUAUCUGACACAGAAAUUGUUGUUCUCGUGUUCACUGAAUGGAAAUCUAACGCCUGUAUGUAAUCCACAAUACAAUUGA